UCUUACUUGCGGCGCCGUUUUUUCUUUUGCGUUCUUAGUCGUUUGCGUGUGUGUGUUUGUCUUAUUUGUGUUUGCAUAUUUUUAUUUAUUUAUUUGCUUGCAGCAUCCCGCGUUUGCCUCUGCGAAUCAAAUCAGUGUGACUAUCUCACUGUUUUGAGUUUAAAGUGAUUUUCUUUUAGUUUGUUAAACCGUACUAAAAUUACUAAAACGACUGAUUGGACCCCCCUCCUCCCCCUCCCCCUUCCUCCUCUACGACAUGAUGAACGAAGAGGGUUCAUAGUGCUGGUUUUGGGCUCGAAUCAGGGACAUCGCUGAGAGCCAACACGAGGCAUCUGCAGCCCAUUAAAAAGCCAUUCGCAAAUCUCUUGCCAAAGUGGGCGAGUCCCCCUGCAACUUUGUUUUACGUGAUCCUAGGAAAGUAGUGUAAAAGCAAAAAUCACUUGAACUUUGUUGUCGUUCUGACACCGUAUUAGGGACAAUGUGUUAAGUGUGCCAUGACAGCGAGGAAAAGCGACGUUACGAAAGAGUGAGGCGAUCUGAGAAGAGGAAGACGAGCGCGUGUCAAGCGGCGGAAAAAAGCAGAUAUCAAGCGCCAGACCUUCAAAACAAAACAUCUGACUGACAUGAUUAUAUUCGUUUCCCAACCUUUACUGAGCGACGGCGGGUGUCUAUUUUGUCUAACAAAGACGCAAACAACGCCAAACAUAAAUGUUUCAAUAAGCUAGUUUGCGAAAAAUGACUAGAAAGUGAUCUUGUGUCCAUUUUCACACGAAUUGGAUUUACUCUGUGCUAACUCCAAUGCACAGAAUACACUACCUCCAUGAGUCAUAUUGGAAGAAUACCCAGCAGGUGACCAAUAUAAUAAGAGGAUAUUAUUGUUCUGCCUGUCAUUACAUAUCAUUGGCAUAGCCAGCAAAGUCACGAGGCAGUUAUAUCAAAUAAAUAACAAUGUCCCGACAAAUAAACUGAAAGUACGUGAUUUCCCACGGCACCCCUGAUGACCUCUCACCUUUUUUUUUAGGGAAUCAUAGUAUUCCUACGUAGAACGGGGUGGGGGUGAGGGGGUGCUGGUUGUCAAUUAGUUAAGGACCAACGAGCUUUUAUACUGAAAGGUUAAAGGGAAGACUGGGAUUCUUGAUGCGAACGUUUCCCACAGCUCACUCUCACCGCAGCCGUCAGACACAUCAAGUAGAAGCGUAACUUUAGUUUCGGACUUUUUUGAUCCCAAACGGGACCGCCCAGUGUUCUGUUGGGCCUUGACUUGUUUGCGCCGUGCCGCUUUGCAUCGCUUAGUCCCACGGCAACCCUUCUCAGCCUUUCAUAGCCAGGCAGCGGAAGUGAAAGAAGUGGGGAAGUUGCUUGCUUGGGUUGGGGAUGUAGGGGUACGUGGGGGGGAGAGAAAAAGAACAACAAACUCAAGAGGAUCCCCCCCCCCCUCCCCUGCUGUCAAAUUUGGAUUACCUGGGGCUGGGGGGUGGGGGUGAGGCUCGGGUCCCUGGAGCCCGGCCGGGGGCAUGGACACUCACACGAAGGAGGGACAACUUUACGUGCAGCAUCAAAAGUUUGGCAAGAAAUGGAAGAAGAACUGGUUCGUCCUCUAUCCGGCCAGCCAAAACGGAAUCGCGCGCCUGGAGUUCUUCGACGCGGCCGGGUCGGGAGGCGCGGCCGGCGGCAAUUCAAACGAGAAGACCAGAAAGCUCGACAAGAAGAUUAUCCGCUUGUCCGAGUGCAUCUCCAUCCUGCCGGCGCUGACGGAGAACUGUCCCAAAGACAACAUGGCGGCCUUCUGCGUGGAGACCAACGACAAGACCCACGUGUUUGCCGCUGAGAAGAAAGCCGCAGAGGAGUGGAUGAAUACCAUGUGUGACAUUGCGUUUCAGGGUGGAAGUGGCGGCGGCGGCGGCGCCAAUAGGAAUAUUGACGGGGAACCUCAAGACCUGAAGAUGUCAGAAAACCUCAUCUAUUACUCCAGAGAGGAGGCCAACCAGUUCUGGGUGACCAUUCAGCCGACCGAGGCUUCGGACCGCUGCGGGCUGUCGGGCAACUACUGGCUGAAAGCUGAAAGCGACGUUCUGAUCUUGAAAGAGCCCAAGACAAAGAGGGACAUCUUUGUCUGGCCAUAUAAGCUGCUGAGGAGAUACGGUCGAGACCGGGUGAUGUUUUCCUUCGAGUCCGGGCGCCGCUGUGACUCGGGCCCCGGCAACUUCAGCUUUGACACCAAGCAAGGUAACGAGAUCUUCGUCCUGGUGGACCGGGCCAUCAAGUCCCAGAAGGCCCUGGCUGAGGAGCGUCCCCUAAGCUGCCCCGUCGACUUUGAGCCAGAGUGCCCGCCCUCGCUGCGGCACGUACGCGACGCAGCUGGCGCCGCGGCACCCGCAAGCGGAGACAGCGGCGGCAGCAGCUGUAACAGCUGGGAGGCCGACGGCGAUUCGGGCGGCAGCAAACCGGGCUCCGCAGACGGUGUGCUCGGGAAAAGGGAGGGAGGAGAUGGCGGCGUGGGGGCGAGAGGGCAAGCGUGCGGCGCCGUCGAUAGACACAAAGGGAGGAGUUUGCCAGAACUGCCAGCGUUACUGGGUUCUGCGAGCGGAGCCGACACACUUCCGUGCUCUCCCAGAGGCCGGGGGACGGCAAAGUGUCCUACCUCACCCGAGCGACGAGCCGCUCUUUACUCCGAGCCGGCAGACGCCGUCCGUCUGCCCCCGCAAAAGGCCGACGGCCUCUACUCGGACCCGGUGGACAGCAUCGCCUCGGCGCUGCGAGUUCCAGCCUGUCGCCUGCGUCCGCUGGGUGACGAGUCCUCCGGGGGCGGGGCCCAAGCUCGUGGGGGCGACGACCAGAGGAAAGCCCGGGACCUCUAUUCUCACGUCUAUGACCGCAUCAGCCUGGAGCUCAGCCGUCAGACGGAUGUCUUGCUUCUGAAUGGGGACGGGAGACGCGGCGUGAACGAUAACAUGUCGAACCCCGGAGCUCUGCCCACCCCCCUUCCUUCUCCGGAGCAUAUCUACGAUGAACCGGAGGGUUGCGCCAAAGGAGGAAGGAAGAGGCAGGAGGAAGCACCGGCCCCCGCGGGACCGGAGCGAGAUUACAGCACCCCUGCCCACGCAAAGUCUCUGGAGUCCCACAAACAUUGGCCCGCCAAUCGUGGUGGGCGACACCUGCCGGCUCCAAGAUGGCCCAAGCCCGUCGCCGCUCCCAAACCCGUCUGGUGCAAUUUAGCUCGGAAAGUGCCCGUACCGUCGCCUCCUGGGAAACUUGGCGGGCCCGAUGACAAUGUGAGCGGCGGCAACGACAACAACAACAACAACUUUCGGGGUGGAAAGGAAAGGGAGCUGUACAGCAUCGUCUCUAAACCUUCCACAUCGUGGUCAAAUCAGUCCAAACCGUCAGCACUGGGCUCACCGGAUACCAUCUAUGACAACUUGGGAAAUAUUUGAACAGUUGCUUUAGUUAGUCUGUAAGUGAUAAAAAGAAGACUUUAUUUUCGGAAGCACACUUGUGUCAUUGUUGGGGUAAAAACCGCGGUGGAAGCGUUGGGACGGUCUCAUCCGUCAGAGACCGAGCAAGCCGUGAGGCGCGCGCAGAUGCGUGAGAAAGCCGCCGCUGCCACUGCCGCCGCCGCUGCCACCGCCGCUGCCACCGCCGCUAUUCCUGCCGCCUUUAGAUUGGGUGCAGCUCAAGCCCAGGACAUUCUCAUUCACGUGAGCGAGUCACAUCACCUUAGCUGCCAUCUAACCCUUCCCCCAUCCAAGGCACCAAGACAAUGGAAAAUCUUUUGCACGAAUAACGCAAUGACACCUGUCUAUGGACCCCGUGGAGGCUAUUUUGUGUGUUUUGGGGUGUUCUCUUGUAUUGAGGGGUGCUGGUUGGCCACAGUUUUUUUUUUUCCUUUGUCUUUUAGCUUUGUUUUGCUUUGAUGGCUUUUAUCUUGAGCACUUUCUGGCUUUCUUUGUGGCGCCGUUGUGUGGCAGCCUGUGUCUUUUGUAUACCCACUCUGUGGUAUGAAUACUGCUGGGGCCUGAAUUUCCCCACCCCUGGGGAUCAAUAAAUAUUCAAUCAAUCAA